AUGUCGUUCGGUCGUCCCCCCACAUUCUCCGACUUCAAAGUGUCGCCUCCAGAGCGGGGAUCUUUCCCGCUGGACCACGAAGGCGAAUGCAAAUCGGUCAUGCAAGAAUACAUGAACUGCAUCAAGUACAACGGCAACGACAAUGGCAAGUGUCGUCAUCUUUCGCGCGCCUAUCUGCAGUGUCGGAUGGACAAAGGGUUGAUGGAGCAGGACGACAUGGGCAACUUGGGCUUUGGCGAUAUCGAGCCGCCGACCACGGGGACGGGCAAUGCCGCUGCGGACCGGGCCAAGAGCCAAGGCAGAAGCGCGCAUAGCGGUGGCACGCCAAGCUAUGCUGGUGAUACUCAUGGCGCUGAUGGGUACACGACUAGUGCCAAGGCAGGCAGCGGCAGUCCGGCCGACGAGAGGAAUCGAGGUGCGGGCGCAGGAGAGUUCAAUGCCAAGGGAGCGGCGAGUAAGCAGGCGGGAAGCUAUGCCGGCGACAGCUCGGGUCGCGGAGGUGCCGGUCGACUCGUAUAG